CAUUCUCAGUGGGCUUCACUGGUUAUGUCCGCGUCACCUGACGCGCGUCGCAUCUCUACACACUCUGGGUAAGGGAAAAGCAAGCUUUUUGAAUGCCGUGCCGAGCCCUUCAGGACUGCAGUCAAUAUGUGAGAAAAAGGUACAGGGAAACUGCGAUCUCGACCCUGAAGCUUUCACCUGGUUGAAGGCUUACACUUACAGAGAUAACCUCGCGGCUCUGGAGAGUGUGAAGUUCCGCCGAACCGCUAGCAAUGAAUUCCAGCAUCUCGACAUUGGUUGUGGACCGGGCAACUUCCUUGCGGACUGCUUACUCCCACGGCUGCGUCCUUUCAGACGCGUUCUGGCUAUAGACAUAUCUGAAGAUAUGCUGCAACAUGCUCGACGCCUCUAUCAGCGACCAGGAGUCUGCUUCGAGCAUCACGACAUCGAAAACGGCGAUCCAUACGCUAUUCUUCACAACUACGGCCCGUUUGACCACGCCUUUGCUUUCCUGACAUUCCAUUUCGUGCAUGACUUGAAUAAGGGAUACCGCAACCUCUAUUGCCUGCUGAAGGACGGUGGAGAGUGCCUGACUGUUAACUUUACAAGGACCGGCAUCACGGACGUCUGGCACCGCUUAUACCGGAAACAAGAAUGGAGGACCUACAUGCCCGAUUUGAGGUCAAUGUUCGCGGACAGAUUCUGCUUCGACAAGCCCGUGCCUGAAGAGGAGCUGAUAUCACUAGAAGAGAGGGCUGUUACUUCGGCUGGACUGGAGUUGAUCUCCUGCCGCACUUAUCAAAGCCAGUGGGUUCUCCAAAAUGUGAGGGCAUGUAUAGAUUUGUAUAUGCCAUUGUUCAAGCUGGAUGCGAAGGUUCCCAAAGAAAAGAAAAGUGAAUUCUUGGAUGCCUGCCGAUCCACAAUUCUAGAGGUAUCAGUAACAACCACCGAACACAUCACGUUCAACUAUGAUAUCAUUGUCACACACUCACAGAAACACGACACUCAAUAAAUUUGCCAUUCAGCAAGCUGCAUUUGCUUGAGCAGUAAUUUUAAUCGUCUCCCAUGCACUCAUCCAGCACGUCAGGAAACAUUGCGGG